CAAAGAGGUCAACUCAUUUGCUCACCGACGAGACGACGAUGGCUGCGCGCAACAUCAUCCGCUUCCUGAAGAAGGCCGAAGUGUCGUUCUCGUCCUUCGACACCCGCGCGUCGGGCGCCUGCGAGUUUCACCGCCAGCUGAGCGCGAGCAAGACCAAGGCGCUCAACCCCAAGUGCGAGCUCAUCUACACGUCGACGCUGCACACCAAGUCGGAGCCGACGAUCGAGCUUCUCUUCAUCAACGACAAGAAGGAGAAGAUGGUCGUGCCGGGCCGCAGCAUCAAGGAUAUCUACAACGACGUCGAUUACUUCUGCUCGCAGAUCGAGUCGGAGCUUGAAGCUCAGGGCAAGUCCAUGGACUAAGCCGCCCGCUCUGUCCUUUUAUUCCACCAGCUAGUAUACCUCAUUCCUAGACAUCAUCGACCUUGUUGUUAAACGU